AUGCCGACCGCGAGUCAGCGAAAACUCAACAUCCGAAUAUUUAAUGGUACGGAACGUUACAAAGGUCUCGGGAGCGGUUUCUUUGACUGGGGUAGCACCUUUAUGCGCGCCGUGAGCCUUGCUGAGGCUUUGUGCGGUUUCUUGUGGACGGAGGACGUAAAGGUCGACCGCCUCGGCCACUCCUUGGCCGGUAGUGCGGAGCGCUACUAUCACAAACAGGUCGACACCUGGUGGGUGCAGCAGCCGAGACUCGAGCACGUGAUGGAUCAGCUGCAUCUGACGUUCAAGACGACAAUAACUGCGAGCCAGGCCAUGAAGCUGUUCAUGGAAAAGAAAGAAGCGCGACGCACCUGGGCCGAGCACUUCCAUUACGUGGUGGCCGUCAGCGAUGCCCGAGGUGGCACCGACUCGCUUGUGCUCGACAACAUCGUGCAUCACGUGUCGCCAGAUCUGAUGAAUGUCAUGCAGGCGAAGUACGACCCGACGCGACUCGACUACCUACGCCACGCUGAGGAGUUGGCGCACUUUGCGCAGUAG